AUGAAUCCAAUAAAUCCAAACACUUUAUUUGGUGGUAGAUGGUAUGAAAUAGUUGACAGUUUUCCAUUCUACACUAAUACGCAGUCAAUGAAGAUGGGAGGUUCAAAGAAAAUAGGUAUUGAAAACCUUCCUUCACAUAUGCAUAGGUUCAGUGGAAGAACAUCUGUGGAAGGAAACCAUUCACAUUCAAUAACAAAAAGAGGUUAUAUAAAUCUUGCAGCGGGUUCGAAUAGACAGGGAAUGAAUAGAUAUGAUAUCUCAGAUGACCCCAAAGAUGUUAGCACAGGUAUUUUCUGUGGAACUGCAGGAAAUCAUACACAUGUUGUAGCUGGUAUUACAGACCCAGCAGGUAAUGGAAAAGAUUAUAUGCCUCCUUAUAUAACAAUGCACGCUUGGAUACGAGUUGGUUAA